AUGGAUUUGUCCAAAUAUACCCAUUGUCUUUCUCAGUGGCCCGAUCAUCUUGCACCGGGCCUGCCUAGCAUUGGUGCGCUGCUGCUGCUUGGUAUCGGUGGCCUUGUUGUCACAUCCAAGGUCUGGUCGUUUGUGCGGGUGCUGCUGAGUCUGUUUGUUCUUCCAGGAAAGCCGGUAGGUCUAGUUCCCUUUCAAUUGCUUAAGGUGAGUCUGGAACUGAGUGGUGCUAAUGGCAAUCUCAAACAGCUUCGCUCGUUCGGUCCCCCUGGAAGCUGGGCGGUCGUGACCGGUGCUUCCGACGGUCUAGGAAAGGAAUUCGCGCUGCAGUUGGCUCGAGCCAAGUAUAAUGUUGUGCUCGUAUCGCGCACCGAAUCCAAGCUAGUUGCGCUGGCUGAGGAGAUCACCACUAAAUUCCCCAAUGUCGAGACCAAGAUCCUGGCAAUGGAUUUCUCCCGCAAUGCGGACGAGGAUUUCCAGGCCCUCGGUGCUCUUGUCUCCGAUCUCGACGUGUCCAUCCUGAUCAAUAAUGUCGGCCAGAGCCACUCUAUCCCCGUCCCCUUCGUGCAGACCUCCGCCAAGGAGAUGACCGACAUCAUCACCAUCAACUGCCAUGGAACUCUGCGCGUCACUCAGCUUGUUGCUUCUGGCAUGAUGCAGCGCCGACGUGGUCUCAUCUUGACCAUGGGAUCCUUUGGAGGCCUGCUUCCCACUCCUCUGCUGGCCACCUACUCUGGCAGCAAGGCUUUCCUGCAACAGUGGUCGACUGCUCUUGGCUACGAGCUGGCUCCGUACAACAUCGAAGUAGAGCUUGUCCAGGCUUACUUGAUCACUUCAGCCAUGUCCAAGAUUCGUCGGGCUUCGGCGACCAUCCCCACCCCUCGCGCAUUUGUCCGAGCCGUGCUUUCCAAGAUUGGUCGCAGUGGUGGCACCUCUUCGUACGCCUACAGCUCUUCGCCGUAUUGGAGCCACGGUAUCAUGGCAUGGUUCCUCACCUCGGUCACCUCGCCCUUCAACAAGUUGGUGGUUGCGCAAAACGGAGCCAUGCACGUCGCGAUCCGCAAGCGUGCGCUGCGCAAAGCGGAGCGUGAGGCUCAGAAGAAGAGCACUUGA